GUUCGUUGCAACGUCAUUCACCCUUGGUAUCAGUAUUGAGAGCUCAUUCACAUCAUGCCACGACCAGCCGUCAACGCUGCCACCUCGCAGCAGCCUGAGAAGAAUUCUAUCGCAGAUGUGGCCAAGGUUGCCAUCCGGGAGUUCCUACAGAAAAUAGACAUUGUGCCUCCCGAGUUUACGCGCGACGCCGAGCUCGAAGCCAAAGUAAAGGCAAUCACCCGCACCUGGCCUUUCGAGGAGCGCAUCCGGCCGCACAUCGUGACCGCGCUUGUCAUCACUGAGACGAGCUACCCUCACGUCUCCGACAUCGAAGCCAGGGUGGCCAUCGUAAUCUACACCGCGAUCCUGACGGCACUAGACACCCCAGGCUUAUUCGACGCUGCGGGCGCGCAGGACUUCUACCGCCGGGUGUGUGACGGGUCGCUGCAGCACGAUCGGGGAAUGCUUGGCGAGUUCGCGAGGGUCAUCGCGGACAUGAGCAGAUUCUACUCGAACUUCAGCGCGUGUUCCAUCCUCUCGUCCUCGCUGCGCUAUCUGAAUGGGGAGUUGAUCGGGAACCCGGAAAGCAAGGCAUUCGUGGAGCUAAACUCGAAGGAGUUCGUCGACUACUCGCGCGGCAUGAGCGGCGACGCAGAGGCGUAUGCGGCGUUCAUAUGGAGCAAGGCGGAUUUCCCAGAUGAUAAUUUAUAUCUUCAAGUCUUUCCGGAUGCGUGCCUGUACAUCAACCAUGCAAACGACAUCCUUUCCUUUUACAAGGAAGAGCAGGACGGCGAGAUCUCCUCUUACAUCCACGCACGGGCCCGCGCCACCGGCAAGUCCACCGUCGCCACGCUGCGCGAAGUCAGCGACGAGGUCGUGAACGCAUCACAGCGCAUCCGCCGCACACUCGGCGAAGGCCGGGCACGAGAUGCUUGGGACAGUUUCGAGCGAGGGUACAUCGGGUUCCACGUCGGCGAUCCUCGAUACCGGUUGCAGGACAUCUUUGGCGCGCAUUGGGAGUACAUGAUGGACGCGACAGCUGUCUGA